CAACAACCAAAACAAAACCCUAGAUAUUCCACUUUAGAGGAGUAUUUUGUCUACUUAACAUGCCUAAAACAAACAACAAACUAUGAAUCUGCGUGGAAACAUUUUUAUCCGUGAAGUUUGCGUUUUGUUGUGUUUGUUUGUCGGAGUUUUAACCGGAUUUUCUUCAGUAACGGAGCAGCAGUGGUCUCUGAGUCUGGACGGUAAAUGGAGUCUUUCAAACGCCAACGGUUCACUGUCUCUGCCCGCACAGGUGCCCGGAUGUGUUCACUCCGCUCUGCAGCAACAGGGAUUCAUCCAGGAUCCAUAUUUUAGGUUCAAUGAUGUUUCUUAUCGGUGGAUUGCUUUUGACAACUGGACAUACACAACCACGUUUAAUGUGUCAGCCCAAGUGAGGACCAAACAGAAGGUGCUUCUUGCCUUUGACGGCGUGGACACUGUCGCGUCCAUUUGGCUCAAUGGAGUCGCUGUGGGCAACACGGACAACAUGUUUCGUAGAUACGACUUCUCAGUCAGAGACCUGCUGAAGGACGGGGAUAAUGUGCUGAGGGUUAGUUUGCUCUCUCCAGUUCUUUACGCGUCUGAGCGGAGGGAAGCUCAUUCUGCCUACAGAGUUCCUCCUGAAUGUCCUCCAGAUGUUCAGAAGGGGGAAUGUCACGUCAACUUCAUCAGGAAAGAGCAAAGCUCUUUCAGUUGGGACUGGGGGCCUUCGUUCCCCACGACGGGACUGUGGAAAGGAGUUCGACUGGAGGCGUUUGAUGUCCUGCAGCUCGUCCAGGUUUCCUCUGUUCCUCUUUACAACUUCAGCCUCUCUCAGUGGAGAGUCCAGGUUGAGCUUCUUGUCGAUGCUGUUCAGACAACAAACGGCCAAAUCGCUCUCUCUGUACCUGAGCUGCACUCGGAGCAGAGCGUCCACACACAGUUCCUCUCUGGAAGGACCAAGAACACCUUCAUCUUGCACAUAAACACGAGCAGCCCGGUGAAGCUGUGGUGGCCCAGCGGCCGCGGUGACCAGCCCUUCUACCAGCUGACUGUCAGAGGUUUCCAGGACGGAUCUUUAAUCCUCAAUACAAAGUCUAAGGUGUAUUUCCGCACCGUGGAGCUGGUCCAGGAGCCAGUCGUUGGGUCUCCAGGACUGAGCUUUUAUUUCCGCAUCAAUGGGAAACCAAUUUUCCUCAAAGGCUCCAACUGGAUCCCGGCCCACUCCUUCCAGAACCAGAUCUCCCCUGCUGUUUUAAGGAACUUGUUGCAGUCGGCUGUAGAUGCUAACAUGAACACGCUCAGGGUCUGGGGAGGAGGAGUGUACGAGCAGGAUCUUUUCUACAGUCUCUGUGAUGAGCUGGGAAUCAUGAUUUGGCAGGACUUCAUGUUUGCCUGCGCUACGUAUCCCACUGAGGACGACUUCAUACAGACAGUCAGAGAAGAGGUCGUCCAACAGGUCGGGCGUCUCAAGUCUCACCCCUCUGUAAUAAUUUGGAGCGGGAACAAUGAAAACGAAGCUGCUCUGGCAACGGACUGGUUCGAUAUCCCAGCUUCACAGAGGCCUCUGUACGUUAAAGACUAUGUGACGCUGUAUGUGAACAACAUCAGGGAGCUUGUGCAAGAAGAGGACCAGAGUCGCCCCUUUCUCGUCUCCAGUCCGACAAAUGGGGCUGAAUCGGAGCGGGAGGGAUGGGUGGCAGCGAACCCCUACGACCCUCACUACGGAGACACUCAUUUCUACAGCUACACCGUCGACUGCUGGGACUGGAGGAAUUUCCCUCGGACGCGCUUCGCCUCUGAAUACGGCUUCCAGUCCUGGCCGUCCUUCUCCACUCUGCAGCCGGUUUCUAUAAAAGAAGACUGGAGCUACAGCAGUAAUUUCACUUCCCAUCGUCAGCACCAUGAGGGCGGGAACCAGCAGAUGUUACUGCAGGCUGCUUCACACUUCAACCUGCCGAACUCCACAGAUCCACUGAAAAGAUUCACAGACACUCUCUACAUCACUCAGGUCAUGCAGGCUCAGUGUGUGAAGACUCAGACAGAGUUUUAUCGGCGGAGUCAGACUGAGAUCAUUGAGGGCAAAGGUCACACUAUGGGCGCUCUCUACUGGCAGCUCAAUGAUAUUUGGCAGGCACCUUCCUGGUCGUCAAUCGAGUUUGGUGGGAAGUGGAAAAUGCUGCAUUAUUUUGCACAGAACUUCUUUGCCACCGUCCUUCCUGUUGGGUUUGAGGAUGAAGACACGCUGUUCAUCUACGCCGUCUCAGACCUGAGUCACGACCUGAAGCUCAGGGCUGCGGUGUCCGUGUACUCCUGGACUGAUCUCGAUCCUGUGUGCUCACUGAAGUCAGACCUGGUCCUGGUCCCCGGGGGCAGCGCUGUGGCCAUUUUCAAACAGCCGGUCGCCGCCCUGCUGGCAGGGUGCGGACGCUGCACCAGGCUCACCUGCCUGCUCACCUUCCACCUGGAGGACAGCGGCGCUCAGCUGGGUCCCACCAACCACCACUUCCUCUGCUCACCCAAAGACGCUCAGGGACUCCAGAGACCAAACAUCACAGCCACAGUGCAGCAGGAUCCGACCGGCCUCACCGUCACCCUCCGCUCCGCCUCUGUGGCUCCUUUCGUCUGGCUCGACGUGGGAAACAUCCCCGGACGCUUCAGCUCCAACGGCUUCCUGAUGGUUUCUAGCAACGUGACGGUCAGUUUCACUGCGUGGCGUCCCACCAGCGCCGCAGAACUCUCCAGAUCCCUCACCGUCACAUCUUUGACCGACGUAUACUGACCUCAGACCAGAGGGGUACCAAAGCACGAAGGAAACAGAUGGGUAAACUGCUCGGAUGCUAAAUCACCAUUUAUAGAGCAGCAGAUGAGCUUGUAUAUGAAGGUUAUUGUGCAUUUUUAUGACUAAAGCAUUAAACGGUCGUGUUUCUAUAAACCAUGAAGUUUAUUUUCAGAUGUGGAGACAUUUCAGAUUUGACCUCUGGGACAGGGCGGAGCCUCCUGGAGUAAUGAGUGUGGUCCAGACCAAACUAGCAUGUUAGCUUCUGUUUAGAAUGAUUGCUAAGUUGCUAGCUAGUCAGGUACUUCCAAAGAACACACAGCAGAAGUUGUCAGUGUUUUUAACAAGCUAUAGCUACCUUAACCACCUGGAAACGGCAGGGUCUGCAGUCCCUAGCAAAUAUGGUGCUCUAAGCAAAAUUAUGUUACGUGACCAUAGCAGCAAAUAAGCAUCUUUAUUAGAACAAAAAUGCAAUUUUGGCGAAGAUGUAUGUGAUUAUGAAACUGGAAAAAUGCAAUGCUGAGGUCUCCAGAUAUAAAUUGCCUCCACGUCAGAAAUCAAACCUUGGGGUAUGUAGAUGAUAUAUAUUCAUGCUUCAGUCAUAAAAUGCACAAUAGGUUUGUCUCCGUCUCAGUGUUUAAAAGUGUCUUUUAAAACGCAUACUACGCCUGAGGCUCGGUCCUCGUAGAGAUUUGGAGGCCAGACUGAUAUUUUUCUACCGUAGCUGUUGCAGUCUCACUAAGUGCCGAUUUUCUGAACUUGUUUUCUUACCAAACAAAGCAGAAAGCAGGAAGAAGCAGGGAAACUUUGAUGCUUUACAUGACGCUUUCAUUCAAACACAAACCUUCAGACAAAGGAAUGAAAUGUGCAAAUAUCAAUUCACUUGUAAUAAAGUUGUACAGAAGAUAUCUUCAUGUACUCAUCCUUGAAUUUGCUGUUGCAGAGGAAAUAUAAUCAGGACUGAGUUGGAUCUGAUCGAUGAAGGUGUGUGCACUGAAAACAAUUUUCCUUUUGUGUGUGUGUUUUGCAUUUUUGCACAUUGUUCAGAUAAUUACCAGAGCAAAGGCUCUAAUACUUGACAUCAUGGAUGUGUUGUAUUGGACGCAGUACUGUCCAAAGAAUUAAUUGUUUUUCAUUGGUUUUCAAUUGAGAUCAGUUUGUAAAUAUUAGUUUUUGAUAUGUGAGUAUUUUUCAGUGUUGCAUUGAUCGAUGUUUCUUACAUGAACUGUGGGGUUGAAUACUUUUUGCAGACGCUGUAAGUUAAUGAUUUUAAAGCAAUAAACACAUACAUACAUUUUUCU